UUGACGCUAUACCGACUUCUUCCUUACACAUAUCCUAUACUGUUAUCAGCAUUCAGGUUUUAGCUGGCACAACACUGCUUUCGUCACACACAAUUACUCACGUCAGGGGGUUAGUCGUAUGGAUGAGCGGGUUAAAUACCUGAGCAUUAUAUGAACAUCUGUGCACUCAAGGAACACAAAUACUUCAUGUUCCAGUUGCAGAGGUGUCUGAGAACUUAUACAAUUUCUAAAUUUUCAAGAUCCUCCACAUCAAAAUACAUCUCAACAGUGAUGGAAUCACCAACACUUCGUUUUAUCACAUGGAACACUCAUGGUGUUGUGUCCAAAUUACCUUCGAUUCUUGAGACGCUCAAAAAUCAAAAUGCUGAAAUAGUUUUUUUGCAAGAGACACACAUUGGAACAAAAAAAUACAAGAAAUUAGAGAAAAUUGAAGGGUGGAAAUCUUUCUAUACAGUCUAUGACCCUCGAAGCAAAGGAGUGGCCAUCCUGAUCAAAGAUGAUGUGAAAUUUGAGUACAUAUGUCAUGAUGAGGAUUACAGUGGAGGAUAUUUGGUACUCUUCUGUUACAUACAUGACGAACUGUAUACUCUUGUUAAUGUGUACAAUCACAAACAUGACAAAGACAUUCUGAACCGACUUCAGGAUUAUUUGAGGGUAACAGCUGAGGGGUUGCUUGUAGUUGGGGGCGAUUUCAACACAGUUCUGGACCUUACGCUUGAUACGAAUAAGAAAACUGGAAAUACAUCACUGAGAGGUGUUUUUGAGAAAUUCACUACCUCUCUUAAUCUCAUGGACACAUGGGCACAUAAACACCCUACAGAAAAGGCCUUCACACGAUCUCAGGGUGACAGUUUCUCUAGAUUAGACAUGAUCCUUAUGCCUGAAGACAUCAUAGAAAGAGUGAGCAGUGUUACCAUCAACGUGCUUCCAAGUCGUAUUGGAACAAAUAAGAAGAUCUCAGACCAUGACCUUGUAGCCUUAAAUCUCACUUGUAGUCAAUCCUCCAAAGAAUUACCAAAAGUUGCUUCAUUGUUAAGGGAUCAUGUAUACAGUAGAGAUGAAAAAGCAGGUAAGAUCAGUGGGGCAGAAAUACUGAGUGUUAUCAACUCCUUUACUGACUCUGGGCAAGUAUACCCUGAUGGCCAAAGUAUACAAACUUUCAAGACACAACGCUGUGAAUUAACAGAAAUCCUUAAAAAAAGAUUUAAUGAAUGGCUAGUUAAUGGAAAUAUACCUGAUGAAUAUAAACAGAAUACUUGUACAACAGGUACAAGAAAAAUCUUUACAGUGACGUAUUUGAUAUUUACUAUGAUCUUGGCUAAACGUCUCACUAUGCUGCUGCUGGAUCCACCUAAUAAGACGCAAUCAAAUGAGGACUGUUUCAUUGUAACCUUGGCCAACCUAGAAAAAAUCAGACAGUCUUUCCUAAAAAAGAUCCUGUCAUACCUGUGCGAAAUUUGGAAGGGAACCCAGAAAAAGAAACAUCGACCUCAGGGUGAUUUCAGAAUUCUUGAGGCUUUAGGAUUGCCUGAGGAUUUGGGGAUUUUAGACAACAUCCUCCCUAAAGUCACUUCAGAUGACAACAUCAGUACAGACGACAUCAGCAGUACAGAUGACAACAGCAGUACAGAUGAAUACAGCAGUACAGAUGAAUACAGCAGUACAGAUGAAGACAGCAGUACAGAUGACUACAGCAGUACAGAUGAAUACAGGGAGUUACAAGAGGGCUGUCCACUGACUAGGUCCAUUCGUAAUUUGGUCAUGAAAUACCUUGAGAUUCACAUAAAAAAGAAUGCCUAUGAAAUACAUACCUGUCAGUUUCGGCAACUUAUAGUUUGUCAUACCAUACCUCAAGAAAACUUAAAAGAAAAAUUAACUUGUUUGGAGUGGUUUAAGGAUUUCCGUAAAUGCAGAUUUGAGUUGAAUAUCUCAAAGAUAGAUUAAAGCUAACUGCUUGUAUUUUACUUAGUACAAUGUACAAGGCUUUGUAAAGCACUAUACAAAAGUAAGUACAGAGUGAUUAAAUGGUAAGACACUCUUAUUGUAGAACCAUGGGUUCCAAAUAACCAAAUAAAGUUAAUGAGAGCUAAAAACUAAAAUAUAUAUAAAGAUAAAACUAUCCUGUUAUCCUGUUAUAUGGUUGAAAGGUCUCUGUAUGGUUCCAUUUGAGAUGGCACAUAGUACAUAUUUUGGGUAAACUAUUCUACAUUCUAUAUUUUACGGUAUAUUAAUUAUCCAUAUUUUACUCAUCUCAUUUUCUUUGUUGCAAGUAAAAUUGUAUUAUUGUACUGGUCACCACACUGCAUGUAGACAUGUAUUAUUCUCUGUAUUCUAUAUAUUUUUUUAUUUCUGCUAGAAUGUACUAUACAUUGCCAUGUAUGCCUGUCUUGCUCUUAAGGAUUUUGAUUGCCUU